AUGGAGAAAAGUGGGCAGGGGCUGGCUCACCCCACCACCUAUGCCAGAGAACUGAUUAGUCAUCCCCAUGGUCAAAACAAGAGUGCUCCACCAACUUUUAGUCAUCUGCUCUUCGUCACACAAAAACCGUUUCCUAUAGAAUCGCUGGGAGAGCAGAACAGAAGUCCCCACAAAACCCAUUUCAUUUCAAGCCUUGUAGGUGAGCUCAAUAGAGAGAUGUCUUUGAUAGGAAGAGUACACCCUGACUGCGUAAAUGUAUCCAAUCCAUACCAUGAAUGCACUGAAAAUUGCUUGAGAAAGAUUCAGGAAGGGAAAGGCCGGAAGACUAAAAAGAAAUCAGGUUCCAUACUUGAUGUUCCUAUAUUGGGCAGAAAAAAGGAGAGAUCCCGACCAAAGCCCCCUCAAGAGCUUGACAAUGUCCCUGGGCAAGGAGCAGUUUAUCAUUCAGAUGCUCCGUUAUCUAAGGAAAAGGUGAAUUUAGAGAAUGGCUCCGUCCUUGAUGAUCCUAUUUUCAGCAGAAGAAAGCAGGGAUCCCAACCAAAGACUUCGGAAGAGCUUGAAGAUGUCCCAGUUGAAGACUCCGUGCUUGAUGAUCCUAUAUUCGGCAGACGAAAGCAUGGAUCCAAACCAAAGCACCCUGAAGAGAUUGAAAAUGUACCAGAUGAAGGUGUACUUUAUCCUUCUGAUUUACCCUCGUCUCCAUCUAAGGAAAAGGUGAAAUUACAGAAUGAUGAGCAUAAAUCUUAUUCUCCACCGAUUUCUGAAGUAAAAGAUCCUUCUUUCAACAAGGGACAAGUGCAGUCCUCUCUGUUAGUGCCUCCAUCUGGAAUUAUCACAAUGCCUGAAUAUCCCAAAGAUCCUCCAGAGAAUGGUGCUACUGAUGUCACUAGUGAAUUACCUGGUCAUGGGGAAGACAAUGAAAAUCUUCAUCAUUCUGUUCCAAAUCUUACUGUCAACAAUGCUGAAGAGGGCGCUGCUGGUUCAGCUUCAGAUUCUAGAAGCUUUAGUUUCUCAGGUACUCUCCAACCUUUUGAAGAGAGUGAUGAAGAAGAGACACGAUCUGUUAACUCUGAUUCCAGUGUGUCUGUGGGAAAAUACCGUGUGAAAGGAAGUUUCUCUUCAAUUCUCCAGUCGAUUGUUGACAAAUACGGUGAUAUAGCAGCAAGCUGUCAAUUGGAAUCAAUUGUCAUCCGCUCUUACUAUCUCGAGUGCGUAUGUUAUGUGGUUCAAGAGUUGAAGCGAACUUCAAUCAAGCAGCUGACAAAGCCUAAAGUCAAAGAAAUGUUAUCUAUGCUCAAGGAUGUAGAAUCCUCAGGAAUGGAUGUUGGUUGGCUUCGUCUUAUCAUCAACAAAUGUGCAGAAGCCACUGAACUUGUCAGUCAGCAUCGAGCAUUCGAAACAGCAAAGGCCAACUGUGAUCGCGAUAUAGAAUCAACAAAGAAAGAACUAGAAUCACAAAUGGAGGUUUUGGCUCAGAAAGAAAAGGAGGUUGCUGAAACCAGAGCCCACCUGAGGGAGCUUGAGCUUAAAUCUUCUGCUCUGAGUGAGACUGUUAGUAACAUGAAGUCCAAGGUUGAUAAUCUUCAAACCAAGCCAUUGUUGGACAAAGUGUUGUGA